UGCAGCUGGCUGAGCUGCAGGCCAGUUAUCUGCAGACCCUUUUUUCCUCCCAGAAUCUUUCCAUCCUACUGCUGUCUGUUCAUGCCUGUGGUUCCGACCAACUUAAUGUUUCUCCUGUGCCUUAGGAAGGUUAUUUUUGCAGAUUUCAAGGCCUCUCUGCCUGAUCAUCUAGGCCAUGUACGCAUUUGAAGAAUUCAGCGAACAGAGUAUUUGCCAAGCCCGGGCAUCAGUCAUGGUCUACGACGAUACCAGUAAGAAAUGGGUGCCAAUAAAGCCCGGCCAGCAAGGGUUCAGCCGAAUCAACAUCUACCACAACACUGCCAGUAACACAUUUAGAGUAGUCGGAGUUAAACUACAAGAUCAGCAAGUAGUGAUUAAUUAUUCAAUUGUGAAAGGACUGAAGUACAAUCAGGCGACGCCCACUUUCCACCAGUGGCGCGAUGCACGGCAGGUCUAUGGAUUGAACUUUGCCAGCAAAGAAGAGGCGACCACGUUCUCCAAUGCAAUGCUGUUUGCUUUGAAUAUCAUGAACUCGCAACAAGAUGGAGGUCCAACAACCCAACGCCAGGUUCAAAAUGGACCUUCUCCAGAUGAAAUGGAGGUUCAGAGAAGGCAAGCGAUGGAGCAGCAGCAGCGCCAGGAAUCUCUGGAAAGAAGAACCUCCACCACAGGCCCCAUCCUUCCACCGGGUCAUCCCUCUGCCGGUGUGGGAUUACCCGUGUCGUCUGGUGGACCUCCUCCACCGCCUCCUCCACCAGUACCUCCUCCGCCUACAGGAACUGCGCCGCCACCCCCUCCCCCGCUGCCAGCAGGGACCGGCCCUGAUGAUGGGUCAGUGUCAGGACUCGCCGCGGCUCUGGCUGGUGCCAAACUAAGGAGAGUACAACGGCCAGAAGACGGUUCAGGAGGCUCCAGUCCCAGUGGGGCUUCCAAGAGUGAUGCCAAUCGAACCAGUAGUGGAGGCCUAAUGGAAGAAAUGAAUAAAUUGCUGGCAAAAAGGAGGAAAGCAGCAUCACAGUCAGACAAGCCAACUGACAAAAAAGAAGAGGAAAGCCAAAAUGAAGAUGCAAGCACCUCACCGUCACCCGUUACGCGAGGCCCUGUCCAGCAGCAGAAUUCUUCAGAUGCUGGGAAGAAGCCUUGGGAGAGAAGCAACUCAGUGGAAAAACCUGUCGCUUCGCUACUCUCUAGAAGCCAGUCAGUGGGGAGGAGUCCUCCUGAACCUAAGAACCCCAUUCAGUUUCAGCCAUCUUUUAGGAUGAAGCCAGCAAGCAGCAGCAAUGAUGUCACAAUGGACACCUUAGAUUUUGAUCGCAUGAAACAAGAAAUAUUGGAGGAAGUUGUAAAAGAGUUACACAAAGUAAAAGAAGAGAUAAUUGAUGCCAUCAGGCAGGAGUUGAGUAGAAUCAGCACGACAUAAUGUCCAUGGAGCCAUCUGGAAGGUACAAAGGAUGUGAAAGGCAAUUGGAUCAUUUCAAGGUGUACCAGGAAUCAGCACGAUGGUGGAAGAGGACAACGGCACUGUCUUUUGUUCUUAAAAAUCCUUUUUAUUAGCAGACUCAGCAGACUUUGAAGCUUGCUGCUGCCUUGGAGUUGCUUCAUUUUAAAAAAGAAAAGAAAAAAAGUCUUAAAAUCUUUAAAAAAAAAGAAAAUAUUAAAAUUAAAAUUUCCGGAUUUUUUAAAUUUCAUCUGACAAUGCGCAUCAGAUUUGGUCAGCCAUUUUUUUGUAUUUUGUAUUUGCUUAUUUAAAUGUAUGACUUUUUUUCCUUUUUAGUAUAGGAGGUAAGGAAACACGUGAACCAUUCGCUUUUACUAGAUGACUUCAAAGUAAUUUUACUGGUAGUCUGCAAUGUCAAUGAAGACCCUUUUGCCAACAGAAACCUACUAGUGGCAUCACCAGUGAAGGCAGAGAGAUGCCAGCCAGCAAACCACAAUAUUAAAGCGGUACAUCAGUGCAUCACAGUAUCUGUGUUCAUAUUGGUAAUAAAUUGUUCAUUGUCCAUA